GGCCGAUGAGAAGCACACAAGGGAAGGACAGAGACCGUGAGAGAGGAGAGUAGAGAUCGACAGGGUGCUGUCUGUGGAGCGGAGCCGGACUCCGGCUAUUUUUAACCCCCAAGGACGCCCCUCCAGCCUCAGAGGGGACCUAGCCCUUCCUGCUUCACAGCACCCCGCGCACCGGGCGUCCUGUGCCUCUGGAGACGUGGCAACCCCCAGGUCCUCUGUGGGCCCGCCCCCACCGUGACUCGGUUUCCCCAGGAGGCUAGGUUGCCCAGCUCCGUCCAUCCCUCCCCGACCCCGGGCCCCGGCCAGCGCCCGCACGCCUGUCCUCCCGGCUCGGACUCCCGGAGAGCGCGGCAACCCCAGCGGCCCCAUCCAUUCAUCAUCGGCAGGUGUGCCAGGGGCAGUGCCAACCUGCUGCCCUACAGCUUCGGCUCGAUGGGGUGGUGACCCCCGACUCUGCUCCAGCGCCAUGUGGCCCAACAGCAGUUCUCUGGGGCCCUGUUUCCGGCCAAUGAACAUCACACUGGAGGAGCGGCGCAUGAUCGCCUCUCCGUGGUUUGCUGCCUCCUUCUGCCUGUUGGGCCUGGCCUCCAACCUGCUGGCCCUGACCGUGCUGGCAGGUGCGAGGCAGAGCAGCUCCCAGACGCGGUCCUCCUUCCUCACCUUCCUCUGUGGCCUUGUCCUCACUGACUUCAUGGGGCUGUUCAUCACCGGUGCCAUCGUGGUGUCCCAGCAUGCCAACCUCUUCGACUGGCACUCCGUGGACCCCAGCUGCCACCUCUGCCGCUUCAUGGGUGUGGCCAUGGUCUUCUUCGGCCUGUGCCCACUGCUGCUGGGGGCCACCAUGGCCUCAGAGCGCUACCUGGGUAUCACUCGACCCUUCUCGCGCCCUGCGACUACCUCGCAGCGCCGCGCCUGGACCAUCGUGGGGCUGGUGUGGGCCACCGCGCUGGUGCUGGGCCUGCUGCCCCUGCUGGGAGUGGGCCGCUACACUGUGCAGUACCCGGGCUCCUGGUGCUUCCUCACGCUGGGCCCCGAGCCUGGGGAUGUGGCCUUCGGCUUGCUGUUUGCACUCCUAGGCAGCUUCUCAGUGGGACUGUCCUUCCUGCUCAAUACCAUCAGUGUGGCCACGCUGUGCCACGUGUACUACGGGCAGGAGGCCGCCCAGCAGCGCCCACGGGACUGUGAGGUUGAGAUGAUGGCUCAGCUCAUGGGCAUCAUGGUGGUGGCGAGUGUCUGCUGGAUGCCGCUGCUGGUCUUCAUCGCCCAGACGGUGCUGCGGAGCCCACCAGCCAUGGACGCAGCUGGACAGCUGUCUGAAGGCACGGAGAAACAGCUGCUCAUUUACCUGCGUGUGGCCACCUGGAACCAGAUCCUGGACCCCUGGGUGUACAUCCUGUUCCGCCGGGCCGUGAUCCGGCGCCUGCACCCUGGCCUCAGUGCCCGGGCCAGGUCAUUGUCAAUGCAGUCUCAGCUCAGCCGGAGGCCCACUAUGGCAUAGGGCUGGGGGCAGACAUCAGUGGUGGCUCUGGAAAGACAGCGGGACAGAGCGCCCUGCCCUCGCGUCCCCCAUUCAGCCUCGGUCCUCCCUGACAGUCACGUCUGCCCAUUCUGAAGUCCGGGCGCUGGGAGUGCAGAAUGGACAGAGGGCUUGAGUGGCAGGAUUGUGAGCUAUGUUCCAUCAGCCCUGAGGACCCCCAGCUCUUCCCUGAUCCCCUUUUCCAAGGUCCCUCCCUUUCCUCAGCCCCCUCCCAACUCCAGGAAGGGUGUGUGGGGAUGCAGGGGGGUGUCUAGAGGCAAUUAGACUUGUAAGCCUUCUCUUCAGAAGUCCUCAGGAAAUUGGGGGUUCUGACCACUGAAUAUGACCUAUUCUCUGAGGAGCAAUCAAUCCCCUUUGACACUCCAACCCAAGAAGGCUCUGUCUAGAAAAGAUUGAAUGUAAAUGAGCAAGACACCCCCUCUUUUGCCAAAAUAGAUUUCAGCCCGGCUUUAUUUUCCUUUGAGUCUGGAAGUCAGUCGGCAUUUGUUGAGGUUUGGUGCAUCAUAUUGCUAUCCAACCACGCAGCAGCUGAGAACAGGACCGGGGACGGGCGGAGAGGGUGAGACUGCGUUGUUUCCUUUCCCCGCGUCCUUCAUUAAGUUGGCUCUCCCGGAACCCUGCCUAUAGUCCCUAGAGAGGGUCCUGGUAUUAAACCCAUUUUGCAGAUGAGGAAAAGAAAAGGAGAGCCCUGGCUGGUGUGGCCCAGUGGAUUGAGCGCCAGCCUGCAGACCAAAGGGUCGCCUGUUCAAUUCCCAGUCAGGGCACAUGCCUAGGUUUAGGCUGGGUCCCUAGUAAGGGGCACAUGAGAGGCAACCACACAUUGCUGUUUCUCUCCCUCGCUUUCUCCCUCCCUUCUCCUCUCUCUAAAAAAAUAAAUAAAAUCUUUAAAAAAAGAAAAGAAAGGGAGAGACACACACAAGACCAUGAAAUGAUGCCUGUUUCCUCCACUCGAGAUGGAGUCAUUCUCUCAUAAGCUUAUCCUUCAGCCAUUCAUCCCCCUACACUCAGACUACCAGUGCCUUGGACAAACAGCACCUGGCCCAUAGUAGGCGCUCAAUAAAGACUGAUUGAAUGGACAAAUGACUGAGCUUUGAGGAGUGCCAUGUAUGUGCAAGUGCAUGAAUAUGUGCACAGUGAGUACUUUAAAGCACCUGGCACACAGUUGGUACUUAAGAAGCAGCCAGUGUUGUCAUAGCUCCCUAGAGCCUCAUGCCUGUUGCUUCCUCUGCUUUCCCCCAAACUCCCUCAGAAACCUCGCACCUGGCCCUGACUGCUGUGGCUCAGUUAGUCGGAGCCGUCCCACGAAGCAAAAGUUCGCCAGUUCAGUUCCCAGUCAGGGCACAUGCCUGGGUUGCUUGUUUGGUUCCAGUCGGGGUGUGUACAAGGGACAACCCAUCGAUGUUUCUCUCAUCAAUGUUUCUCUCCCUUUCCUCCUCUCUCUAAAAAUAAA